AUCGUUUUGGAAACGCUGUGUAAUGAUCUGUGUCCGUGCAACUGUUGCUCAUGGGGUUGACGUCACUUGACCUGUCACACACACACACACACAAGAGGAAGAGGGCAUUAGGGCAGCUCCUGCUUCUCUCUCGUCAACAAUCACAGUCAGCAGACUAGAUAGACUACAGCAGAGCAGCUCGAACUCAGAGCGACGCCACUUUCUUUUAGACACUCGUGAGAUUGUAAUAGCCUAUAUUUUAAAUUCAGUUUGUAAUCGAGAAGUGUGCAUAUAGUCACUAAAGUGGGUCAGUCGCGGUGUAGGAGUUGUUGAGUUGUUGUGCGACAAACCACCCAUGACCAAAGCGCAUGGAAUAUUGGAAUAAUUCUGCGUCGCACGAAUACACGUCGAACUGAAGCAGCGAGUUGGGAGUGCAUUUUGUCCAUCGAAAAUAAUUCCGUUCUAUAUUGGAGGUUACUUUUAUUGACUUUUCAAACCACUGAUAUUUCUUUGUCUGUUUCCCUUUGUUUUGGCUGUCUACACGACUGCUGGACUGGACACAGUCAUGCGCUCUCCGUCUCUCUAUUGUGACAUCGAGUUUCCAGCAUUUUUCCUAGGCUAUUUAUGGUUUAUUUGAAUAGGGACAGAUAUAAUCAAAUUGAUAUAGCGAAUAAACAAUUAUCUGAAACUUUGCACAGUGUGUAGGACCAUUUUCAACACAUGACCCUCGAUGGGAUUUUGGAAAGCUUUAUGAGACUGUAGAGGACUGGCUAGAACUUCUGUUUCACAGACGUUACCGGACUCCACACAGACCUUACAGGACUCCACACAGACCUUACAGGACUUCAUAUUUUGUGGACAACAGGACAGGAGCCAUCAUGGGUGUCAGGCAGAGUAGCCCCAUGGCUGAGAGUCGAACCCGGGCAUAUUCUAGCCCAGUCCCCUCCUCUGGAGGCAGCACUACCCCAGUGUUCAGAUACACAGCUGGGCCUGGUGGGCCCCAAAUUCACUACACCGGAUGGAACCGACCCAGCUCCUACCACCAGAUUAAUGUAACUCAUGGCGGGCGGAGCAGGACGGAUGUGUUCGGUAACAGUCUGGACCAGGAGGAGCCAGACUGGGAGAGAGGAGAACACCAGCUGAUGAUUGGCUCUCUACCACUUCACCUGUCCCCUAACCUACUGGGAGGGUUCCACUGUCCUGUGUGCAGUAAGUUUUUGGUGUCAGAUGAGAUGGAGAUCCACCUGAUCAUGUGUCUCACCAAGCCACGACUCGCCUACAACGAGGACGUUCUGGAGAAGGAUAGUGAGGAGUGUGCCAUCUGUCUAGACGAGAUGGAGCAGGGAGACACCAUCGCUAGACUGCCCUGUCUCUGUAUCUACCACAAAGGGUGUAUAGACGAGUGGUUUGAGGUGAAUCGUUCGUGUCCAGAGCACCCCUCGGAUUAAAGCUUCAGAUACCCACCGCAUGUCCACUAUCUACCUAGUUCAUCCAGAUGCUGGCCUAUGAAUCUACUUUACCUAGAUCUACUUCUUCAUGACAUGCUGGCCUAUGAAUCUACUUCAUCCAGAUCUACGUCCUCAUGACAUGCUGGCCUAUGAAUCUACUUUACCUAGAUCUACGUCCUCAUGACAUGCUGGCCUAUGAAUAUACUUUACCUAGAUCUACGUCUUCAUGACAUGCUGGCCUAUGAAUCUACUUUACCUAGAUCUACGUCUACAUGACAUGCUUGCCUAUGAAUCUACUUCAUCCAGAUCUACGUCCUCAUGACAUGCUGGCCUAUGAAUCUACUUCACCUAGAUCUACAGCUGACCUGCUGGUCUGUGAAUCUACUCUACUUAUAUCUACGUCUGACCAGUGUUUGAAGAAUGACGACGACUAGCCUGAAAAGUGCAGCCUACUCUUUUGCCUCACCAAGAUACCCCUAAUUUGCCUGGAAUGCUCAUUUAGAGAUGCUCACCAUAGACUUCAAUAGACUGGGCCAGGACCCGUCUUCUGAGAGUUGUACCUCAGCUGACUGACAAUGAAGACGCUGCUCAUGCUUAUAUAAGACACUGAUGAACGAUGACUUGAGGAACACGGUGGUGUAUGGACACACAGCGAGACUUCAUAUUCCUCUCAGAUCUACUCUAGUGGGUAGGGGUGGAUACCUUCAUUGUUAGUAUUACUGUAUUAUAACAAUGGAAUAAUGGGUUUGAUUUUAACGGUGUAGAAUGAGGGUAUUUAGACAGCCGUUUCUACUGUAGUAAGACACACGGUCUGAGUGCUGUGGCUGAAACAUGCAGUUAAUUCUGACCUUCAUUUGUACGUAUGUCAAUUAUGAAAUCGCAUGUUCUGUUGACCUUCAUUUUUAUUUCUGUGGUUGUGCAAAAUCAAUUUAAAGGUAGCAUACAGGGAAUUAAAACCUUUGAUUUACUCCAGACUUCACUGUGAUAUGUAUAUUUUGCAUAAGAGCUUGAAUUCAUUGAAUAAAGAACUAAAGCACAAAUCAGCUCCAGAAUAUGUACUGUAAAAAUAUAGUGAAUAUAUAUGUACACUAUCAUUAAUGUAUGUUUAAAUCAUGGGUGUUAGAUAUGUACUGUGUUUUAAUAUUACUGAAUCAGGACUUUCAGAGGUUUUAAGAAACUAAGAAUAAAAAUGUAUCAAAUUGA